AUGACUUCUUCCAAGUUCUCAUCUAACAGACCGAUACCUGCGAUCACACUCCAAUUGGCUACUGACGAUCAGAGCGCACAGUACAGUCAACCGCUACCUCAUGGCGAUUUCGAGGAGCUCAAAGAAGCGGCAAACGAAGACAGGGACCUCAAGAUACGUAUCCGGAAAUUACGCGUUGUAUCGCGCACCCUCGCUCUCUUCAUCUCUAUCGCAGUUCUCGUCCUCACUGCCCUUACACUGCACAAGUUCCUCAGCACACGCAACAUUCACCGCAUUGUUCGACUUCAAAACGGCGAGAACAUCUUACGCACACCCUGGGCGAAGAAUACACGGGCAUGGCCAACAUACAUGUACUUUGGCGUUGCAGCCAUCUCCGUAUUACUCAACUUCGCGACAAUCUUUUCUUAUAACUGCGGUAUCGAGCAGGCUAAUGUAGCUGCUGUUGUCACGAGUACCUUUAGCUGGGUCAACAUGCUGGGGAACUUUAUUGUGUGGUGUGUAGCCGCUACGGUGUAUCGCACUGAGAAGGAUAAGAAUGGGAAGAGCGAUGAUCUUUGGGGUUGGACGUGUAGUUCUGGUGCUAGGGCGAUACAAAAAGAGUUCGUGGGCGACAUUGACUUUGGCAGCUAUUGUAAUGUGCAGAGUGCAAGUUGUGAUGCGAAACAUGCUGAAUGCUUGCUUCUCAGGGUUGAGACGCUUGAACGAGAGUAUGCGAAGAUAGAGCAAGCUCUGUUCCCCGGUGGCGACGCUUAUUCUUCGUAUGCAGCUCAGUCGUACUCUCCAACACCUGCUGCCUACACCGCAACUCCAAGCUCAUCAAGCAAAUCCUACACCACCUUUGGCACAUCUGGUCUGCCCUACAGCUUCGUUGUUUCCUCAACAUCCGCUUUAACAUCUAUCGUCUCCACCGCAACGCCGAGUUCAUUGAGCCAAUACUACACCACCUUUGGCACAUCCGGUCUGCCUCAAAGUUCAGCCUACAGCUUCAUCGAUUCCUCAUCAUCCAUCCUAACGUCUACCGUCCCCACCACAGUGCCGAGCUCAUCAAGCGAAUACUAUGCUAGCUUUAGCACAUCCGGCUUUCCUCAAAGCUCUGCCUCCACUUGGGUUGUGCCCUCCUCGUCCAUAGUCACCAGCUAUGUGACCACGCAACCUUCAGUCUCAGCUACGCCUUCAUACGCAACAACUCCACCCCAAAGUUCAGCAUCUACCUUUGUCGUUCCCUCCUCAUCUCUGGUCACCAGCUAUGUGGCCACGCAACCCUCAGUAUCAGCCACGCCUUCCUACGCCAUACCCCCACCAGAGCCCACAGCAAGCGACACACCACCCGAACCCACCAACCCCAACAUCCCCACCCACCCCGGCUACCGCUCAGUAGCCUACUACGGGAACUGGGACAUCUACGCACGCAACUUCCAACCCCAGCAAAUACCCGCAGAGCAACUCACCCACCUCCUCUACUCCUUCGCCGACAACAAGCCCGACGGCACCGUCUUUCUCACCGACACAUACGCCGACGCGGAAAAGCACUAUCCGACUGAUUCCUGGAACGACGUGGGCAACAAUGUCUAUGGAUCCAUCAAGCAACUUCAGAUCCUCAAGGCUAAGAACAGGAACUUGAAGGUGUUGCUCAGUGUAGGUGGUUGGACGUAUACAAACGUUGCCAAGCACAUGGAUGGACCCAUGGCUACGGCUGCGGGUAGGCAACGCUUUGCGUCGUCUUGUGUGGACUUGAUUCGCGACUACGGCUUCGAUGGCAUUGAUGUGGAUUGGGAGUAUCCUACCGACAAGGAGCAAGGCGGGCAGUUACUUGCACUGUUGAAGGAGAUCAGAUCCCACCUGGACGAAUAUGCCGAUACGCUUGUGUACGAAGAUGAGUCUGGACGCGAGCUGAAGCCCAAGUUCCUCUUGACGAUUGCUUCACCGGCAGGAGAGAAGAACUACAAGCAUCUGCCCUUGAAAGAGAUCAGUGCAGUCACAGACUUUAUCAAUCUGAUGGCAUACGACUACGCCGGCUCCUGGGAUAACCAGACUGGCCAUCAAUCGAACCUUUACCCGUCGACCUCGACUCCCCUGAGCACGCCAUUCAAUACGGCUUCCGUUCUGACCGCCUACAGCGCCGCGGGCGUUCCUUCCUCCAAGCUCAAUCUUGGCAUGCCGCUCUACGGUCGCUCCUUCACCAACACUCAGGGUCUAGGAACGUCGUUUAGUGGCAUCGGCACCGGAUCGUUUGAGCGAGGCGUCUACGACUUCAAGGACUUGCCCCUUGGAGGUGCACAGGAGUACUACGAUGAAGAGGCUGGCGCAACGUACAGCUACGACGAAGCGAGUGGCGAGUUCGUCAGCUAUGAUACUGUGGCCAUGGCGCUCAAGAAGGUCGACUACAUUGCAGAACAAGGGUUGGGUGGCGCAAUGUGGUGGGAGAUCAGCGGUGACAGGACAGAUGACAGCGGGAGCAUCGUGACAAACGUUGUCGAGAAGAUGGGCGGCGGGAGUGGUGCAGGCAUCGAGUCAUCGCCCAAUUGGCUACUGUAUCCCGACUCCAAGUUCGACAACUUGAGGAAUGGCGUGUCAACGACACCAUAG